AUGCUCCUCCUCGGCCUCACAGGCUCCAUCGCGACGGGCAAAUCGACCGUCUCGUCCAUCCUCUCCAAGCCGCCCUAUUCUCUUCCGAUCGUAGACGCUGACCUCAUCGCGCGGCAAGUCGUUGAACCCGGCACUGCAGGCUACAACGCCAUCGUCGAGCACUUCCUACCUACCACACCGGAUCUGCUUCUUCCCGAUGCGACGCCCAAAGGACGCCCGCUGAACCGACCAGCACUAGGACGGAGAGUCUUUGGCAGUGGAGAAGAGAAGGAGCGCGACCGAAAAAAGCUGAAUAGCAUUGUACAUCCUGCAGUACGAAAGGAGAUGUAUAGACAAAUGGUAUGGGCAUACCUGCGCGGCAACUGGGCGGUCGUGCUAGACGUCCCUCUCCUUUUUGAGAGCGGCUGGGAACGCUACUGUGGCACUAUCCUCGUUGUUGGCGUGUCGGAUCCCGCAAUUCAGAUACAACGCCUACGCGAUCGUGAUUCGCAUCUUACCGAAGAAGAUGCGCGGAACCGCGUUAUGAGUCAAGGCGACGUGCGCGAGAAAGCGGAGCGCUGUUUGCGGAGAGGCCCGGGCAACGGCGUCGUGGUCUGGAAUGAUCACGACAGGAGCUAUCUUGAGAAAGAGAUACAGAGAGUCAUGCAGGAUGUUAGAAGCAAUAGUCCGCGGUGGUGGAGUUUCCUGCUUUGGGUGAACCCGUUGUUUGGUGCGCUGGCUGGUAUGUUGAGCUGGUACAAGAUGCGGAACGUGCAAUUACAAUGGGAAGAACAGAAGAAGCGGGAGAAGGCGAAACUGUAG